AGGUAAUCAUGUGCAGCAGAGUGCUGACCGCUUUAGUGUGCCCCAUGCCUGCAGCUCCACCAAGACCUGUUGGGGGAGGAGGACCACUGUGAGCUCCAUGAGAGCCAAACUGUGGAUGGUUUUCAGCCACAAACCUCACAGCUGGUCUUUGGUGCGGAGCAUCUGGGCAGGCUCCCCUCCCUGAUCCAGGAGUCCUGGCUGGACUGGUGGUUAGCCACACCAGCGCUUUCACCUGCCUGUCUGCUGAAGUCUCACCAGACUUUAAGCGGCUCUAAACAAGCGGUAACAUCAGACCACACACUCAAUACUACUGGACAGCCAGGAGCUGGGACAGUAGUUUUCGGAGCUCCGGUCAUGGCGGACCAAGAGGAGACUUUUGCCCUUCAAAACUCUCCCGGUGGCUCGGAUUCAAGGGAAUUACAGGCCGAUAAUAAAUCAGAGAAACAGAACGGGACCUCAAGCAAAUCCCCAUCGUCACAGACGACUUACAUUCAGCAGGGAAUGGAGGGAAUAAAAGUGUACCUGCACGAGAGGGAACUCUGGAUGAAGUUCCACGAGGUGGGGACGGAGAUGAUCAUCACGAAAGCCGGAAGGCGAAUGUUCCCCAGCUUCAAAGUGAAGGUCACGGGAUUAAACCCCAAAACUAAAUAUAUUCUCCUGAUGGAUGUUGUUCCUGCGGACGACCAUCGAUACAAAUUCGCCGAUAAUAAAUGGUCUGUGACCGGGAAGGCAGAGCCCGCCAUGCCCGGCAGGCUCUACGUUCACCCGGACUCCCCCGCCACCGGUGCGCACUGGAUGAGGCAGCUCGUCUCCUUCCAGAAGCUGAAACUGACCAACAACCACCUGGACCCGUUCGGACACAUCAUAUUAAAUUCGAUGCACAAGUAUCAGCCGAGGAUCCACAUCGUGAAGGCAGAUGAGAAUAACGGCUUUGGCUCCAAAAACACGGCCUUCUGCACUCACGUCUUCCCGGAGACGGCCUUCAUUGCGGUCACGUCCUAUCAGAACCAUAAGAUAACCCAGCUGAAAAUUGAGAACAACCCCUUUGCAAAAGGCUUUCGUGGGAGUGAUGACAUGGAGCUGCACCGGAUGUCCAGAAUGCAAAGUACCAAGGAGUAUCCUGUAGUGCCUCGCAGCACAGUGCGCCAGAGGGUGGGUUCCAGCCAGAGCCCGUUCAGUGGCGAGGUCCAGGGCAUGGCCACCCCGAGCGCCCUGAGCUCCCAGUACUCCCAGUGUGAGAACGGGGUCACAAGCACCUCACAGGACAUGCUGCCUCAGUCUGGCUCCUACCCCCUGCCACAUGAGCACGGCCAGGAGUACCACUGCAUCAAGAGGAAAGUGGAGGAUGACUGUCACUCAGGUGAGCACAGCUAUAAGAAGGCCUACCUGGAGAGCUCGUCCAGUGAGGAGGACCAUUACUACCGUCCUGUUGGCUACGCCCAAAGCCUCGGCCUGGCCGGUGGGCCCUACCGCAGUGAAUCCAGCCAGCGGCAGGCUUGUAUGUAUGCUAGCGCCUCGCAGGGUGCCGAGCCAGUUCCUAGUUUGGAGGACAUCAGCUGCAACACUUGGGCCAGCGUUUCACCCUAUGGGAGUUGCUCCGUCACCACCAUGCAGCCAAUGGACCGGCUGCCCUACCAGCACUUCUCUGCUCACUUCACCUCAGGGUCUCUGGUGUCCAGACUUGGCGGGGUCGGGGGCCACGCCUCUCCGCAGUUGGGCGACGGCCACCACGCUGCCAUGUACCAGAGCUCCAUGACCCACCAGACUCUGGGCCGCCAGUGCAGUCCUGGGGCUGGGAUACAGUCGCCAGCAGCUGGCCUACAGGGAAACGAGUACCUCUAUACACACGGCAUACCACGUACACUUUCGCCACACCAGUACCACACUGUACAUAGUGUCAGCAUCAUGCCAGAGUGGAACGAGAACAGCUAAAAGAGCUUUUUUUCCCACACUCAACAGAGAAAAAAUUCAAAGGAAAAACAAAAAAAGGACCAAAAUAAGGCAGGGUUUAGAUGAAUUUAUAUUUAUAUUUCUAGAAGAUGUGUUGCUGAUCAUCUUAAUAAGAUCAGGGUUGGUUCACUGACAGCAGUGGAUUUUUUUAAGAUGGUGUUGAAGUAGGAAAGCAAGCAUCUUAUCACUUAACCUGUUGUGACAGCAUCUGCACUUAUAAGCAAACAGCAUAAACAUGAACAAAGAGGAGCUGGACCACAGCAUACACAGAGACUGCUGCAGUGCAGACAAAGUGAAUACAGUGGGAAUCCAGACCCUGAACAGAAGAACAAAAAAUGCUUCAGAUGCUUUGCCAGCAGCCCCCAUGUUGAUGGGGUUCUUGUGCGGUGGUGUUUUUUGGAUGUCAAAUUACAAAACGCUUGUUUUGUAUCCAUGUCCCGAGUUUAUAUUGAAGAGAAAAAAAAGACGUUUGUCUUCUGUCACAUUAUCCUGAGGUUUCAUUUUCUUUUAAGUUUUUGUAGCUAACACCUACUUUGUAGUCAAAUUGCUAUAAGUUAAAAAAUGAAUAAGCAGAUGGGAGCUUUUGUUGUGGCUCUUUGGUGAAUUUGCUUGCUCUUAAAUCUGUCCUGUUGCUGGGUACAUUUACAUGAAUGUCCAGGAUUGAAUCUUAAUGCCAUUAUGAGAAACAUGACAGUAAAAAUCACAAGUAGGGCAGCCCUUCAAUUAAUUCAUUUCUUCAUGCACGGAAAAUUUCGGGUGGACACCCUUCCUCAGCGUUCAAACUGGCAGUAGUGUCACAGAACACAGAUGAGCUCUACAAGAUGAAGCACAAGAAUGUAGCCAAUGACAUUGUGACAUCCCAGUUUUUGCCAUCAUAUCCAAAAUUUAAUCAGCUACUUUUUACCUCUCAGUUUGCAAGGUGCACUGAAUUAAAGUGCAGUGCAGGCAUGCCGUGAAAACGUGACUCAAACCUUGAAAAACUUUCAGCUUUAUUCAUACUAGUGAGAGUUAAUGGAGUGGAGAAAAAACUGAUGUGAGUUAUAAUCCAAAGUGUAGAGGGCUUAUUGCUGUCUUACAGGGAUUGUUUUGGACCAAAAAAAGCUUAAUUACACAAAUUAAUAGUGUAAUUUUAAAUUGGAACUAUUCCCAUUGGCACCAAAAAUAAAAUAUGUCAUGAUUACCAGUUAAUGAAUCGGCAUUGGUGAAGUAAGAUUCAAAACACAGCACAAGCAUCAAAUGUGAUUUCAACUCUAAAUGUGUUUGUAUAAUAAAAUAUAUUUUCCAUGCCAUUGUUUUAACAUUUAUAAACAAAUCUGGUCUGAAAACAGGAUACAGUAAUGGAUUCUAGCAAACUCUGUGCCUUCAAAGAUAGUUUGUUGUUCUGCAUUGUCCUGCUGCAAAACCUUGCCACAGUCUUUGCGUUGUGCAUGUGUGUACCUUGUUACAUUGGAAGAAGAAUCUAAAUUUUAAUAUUUAUUUGGAUGGUAUGAUAUAACACAUGCUCCACUGGGCAAUUGGCUGUGACAAUCUACAGCAUUUCAUUUCAUAGUACAGUUUGACAAAGGUCUUUGCAUCUAAAUAUUUUGCCCUCUCUCUGACAUAACUGCCCUGCAAAGUUUGAAGGAGAUUGCCUAUCUUUGUGUAAGUUCUAGUUGUGUGUUUCAUGCAGUCUCAUGCUGUACUCAGUGAAUGUUUGUGCUUUAAAAUAUUUUGUAUUAAUCCCCAAAAUGGCACUUCUCUGACAAUCAAACUAAAUCAACAUGUACCACAUACAGUAGAAUGUAAAUUGCAAACAAAAUUGCCUUGACACACAUAAUAAAGCAAGUCAGUUUCACCAUACAGAUGAGUGUAUGUUAGAGGUGUGUUUUACAUGUGGACAAAGGCAAAUUUCUAAAAUGCGUAUAGUUGAUGGAAUGCUAUUUGUCAAUAGUAUUUAUUUUUCAACUCUGUAAAUCAGCUUGCUCCUGCAUAAAAGAUAAAUGGUCCCAUUUCUUUCUUUUUUUAUA